AUGUCUGGUCUUCCGCAGCCCGAGCUCCACAAGGGCGCCAAGUUUGUGUUCCUUUCCGACUGGGACGGAACAAUCACGGACCAGGACAGCAACGACUAUCUCGUCGACACGCUUGGUUUCGGCGCUGAGCAGCGCAAGGCCGACAAUGUCAAGGUGCUCACGGGCGAGAGCAACUUCCGCGACAUGUUCCGCGCCAUGAUGCAGAGCGUCAAGGUGCCGUACGAGGAGUGCAAGGACGUACUGCGGGAAAACAUCGAGCUCGACCCCGGCUUCCACGAGUUCUACACCUGGUGCAAGGAGAACGGCAUCCCGGUUAUCAUCGUGUCGUCGGGUAUGGCGCCGACCAUCCGCGCAGUCCUCGAGAAGCUCAUGGGCGUGGAAGAGGCGUCGCAGAUGGAGGUCAUCGCCAACGACGUCGAGUACACCGACCCCGAGGGUAAGGGCACGACGUGGGACAUUGUCUACCGCCACCCCGAGAGUGGGUUCGGGCACGACAAGAGCCAGAGCAUCAUUCCCUACCGCUCCAUCCCGUCGCGGCCGACCCUCUUCUUCGCCGGUGACGGCGUCAGCGACCUCAGCGCCGCACGCCACGCCGACCUCCUCUUCACCAAGGUCAAGCCUGAUGGCAAUACGGAGCUCGCGGCGUUCUGCGAACGCGAGGGUAUCCCGCACGUCAAGAUCCGCGACUUCCGCAAGGUGCUUGCGCUCGUCAAGGAGGUUGUAGGCGGCAAGACUACCGACCAGGUGAUUGCGGAGAACCAGUAG